GCAGGAAAAAACUUCACAGGGGGGCUAGUGAAGGAUGGGUGCAGGAAAGAAGGUGGUUCUCUGUCACCAGAAAAAGUACUGCCACUCAAUUUUUUCCACUUACAGUCAGCCCCACCAUGACACCCCCAAAGUGAACACAGGAACUGACCACUGAAUGACAACAUAUAAACUCUGUGAAAGAGGGCUGACAGUAGCCACUUUCUUCCCUGCUGUGACAAAGAAGACACCAGCAAUGAAACUCCAGACUGCAGCUAUCCUCCUUGUCUUCUGGCUUGGCAUGCUCGCUGUGCACGAGGUGAAAGGGAGUGCUGGAAGUCAGCCCAUGCGCAGAUUCAGUUGUGUACGUCUGUCUACAAGGCAACUGAACAUUCGAAAUCUUGCCAGCUAUGAAAAGCAACAAGUUCCAGUAAACGCCACCCUGUUUAUAACCACAAAAGGUAUCAAGAUCUGUGUAAACUCUAAUCAGAAAUGGGUGCAGACUGCUAUGAAGAAAAUAGACCAAAAACGUGCCAUCAAAGACAAAUAAUCCUGUCCUAGGCAAGCAUCUAAGGCCAGCUAAAUGGAAUCAUCUUCAGUGCUGCACAUAACAAAGAAUAAAGCCUUAGUAUUUGCUUUUCAUUCCUACUUACUAAUUGGCAAUAAAAUCUCUGAAGAAACAGAAACUCACCAGAAUCUCACUGUUUGAAUGUCUGCCAACUUGUUUGUUUUAUAGAUGGACUCUGUUCACUGUUUAUCUUCUGAAAUGCUUGCUACUAUUUAUUUACAAAUGAGUGUAGAUACCUUCUCAUCCUUGGUGUCCUGACCAGUAUAGCAUUUAUAGGUGAAUGGCAGAUAGCUUCACAUACUGUAGGGAAGAAGAUGACCUCCACAGAGCUGAAUGAGAGUAGACCUCCAUCCUGAUGGAGGUCAGAGUGUUUUGCAUUAAGUGCUGGGUUUGAGAAGGUGCUAAAUAAUUUAAUGGUUGCUCAUACCUUUAUAAUGUUUAAGUAAAGUAAUCUCAUGCUUCAGGCUACCACAUGGUCAGUGCAAUAUUCGGGAGAUGAUCCUUGGACCUUCCAUUUUUAUACACAGCAUUGUACUAUUAGCUCAGUUGACAAUGAUGUUUGGAUCCUCUCACCAGGGGAUGAUGUGAAGUAGUUCAGUGUAACUCUGAAAGGUUACUUCACUUUCACCCUCAUGUGAAACAAAUCUGAAAUAAUUGUUUUACUUUCUUCUUUGCUUUUCUCUGAACAAGCAAGAACAAACCGUCUAGAAUCUGUAUUUCACAAACUCAUAGUAACUCUCUGCCCUAGAGAUCUGUGUAUAUGUAAAUGCCUUAUAUUUUUAAAAUUGAUAAAUUCUACUAACAGAAGGUUUUGAAUUUUAAUAAAGUUACUAUAAACCUGGAAUCAAGUGGUACAUUUGUCUGCUUGUAU